AAGGAUCCGAAGAAAACUCUGCAGGACCAAAUCAAAGAAAGACUGCUGCUUUACACUGCUCACGUUAUAGUUUAGAAUUUAGAUUUAGACCCAGUAAGUACUCAAGGAAGAAGGAAGACGGCUUUUAUUCUCCCAUUGCUUUUGUAAAGCAAAUUUCCGGACCCAGAAAACCAUUAUCAAAUUCAUCUUCCGCCCACUUUCUCUCUUUAUAUUCAGUAAUUUAAAGUCCACUUUCUUCAUCUACAUUUGUCUUUAUCUUCGAAGAACAUCAGAUUUCGUCUCCACCAUCUGAUCCAAGAAUCCACCCUCGCAGUUCAAAGUUGUUCUUAUCUGAACAUAUAAUCCCCGUCAAUGACGAAGGUAGACCCUGAUUUUGAUGAUCGGAUGAAAAAGGAAGAUGUUCCUUCAGUCUCUGUUGAUGUUAAAUUCACUUCAACUCAUUUCCCAAACUAUAAAAUUGGACCUAAUAACCAGAUUGUUGAGGUUAAAGAGGAUCAAAAGGUGUUUAGAACAAAGGAAGCUAUUGCAAGAGAGGCUGUACAGUUGUUUGAACAGCAGAAACGUCUUUCAGUUCGCGACCUCGCAAGUAAAUUUGAGAAAGGGUUGAUUGCUUCAUCUAAGUUGUCUGAUGAGGCUAGAUUGAGGGAGGCAGUUUUGCUUGAGAAAUCUGUGAUUCUGAAAAAGCUUAGAGAUGCAUUGGAAUCUUUAAAAGGUCGUGUAGCUGGUAAAAACAAGGACGAUGUAAAAGAAGCUAUUUCCAUGGUUGAGGCAUUAGCUGCUCAGUUAACCGAGCGGGAAUCAGAGUUGAUUCGAGAAAAGGAAGAAGUGAAGAAGCUUGGAGAUUUCUUUAAAACGGCCACAGAAGAUGCGAAGAAACUUGUGGAUGAAGAGAAAGCUAAUGCUCUUACUGAGAUUCAAAAUGCAAGAGCUGCAGUUCAGAGAGUUGAAGAAGCUCUUCAUGAGCAAGAACAAAUUUCGCACUCUUCCAUCAACCAGAAUAUGGAGGAAAUAAUGAAGGAAGUUCAAGAGGCUAGACGUAUUAAAAUGCUGCAUCAACCGAGCAAGGUUAUGGACAUGGAGCAUGAGCUUAAAGGGUUAAGAAUUCAGCUUUUAGAGAAAUCUAAACAAUCUCUACGCCUUCAGAAAGAGCUUUUACUGAUGAAAAUAGGCGAGGAAGACAUAAGAGAGUUUUAUGAGCUAGAUGGUAGCGAGUGUCUAGGUUCAUAUUUAACCAUCAGACCUUGUUCGGAUAAGGCGCCAUCGCUUUCAGGCUGUUCAAUCCAGUGGUUUCGGUUAGCAGUUGAUGAUGCUAGUAAAAAAGAACUUAUUUCAGGAGCUAUGAAGGUUUCGUACGCACUUGAGCCUCUCGAUGUUGGUCGAAUACUGCAAGUUGAAGUUGUUUUGAAUGAGCGUUUAAUCACAAUGAAAACCAUUGGUUCCAUUGAUCCAGCUCCGGGGUUGGGGAGCUACGUGGAAGCAUUGGUGAGAAGACAGGAUACAGAGUUCAACGUCGUGGUUAUACAGAUGAACGGCAUGGAAUAUCUCACUCAGAGUUUACACGUUUUGCACGUGGGGAAGAUGAGGAUGAAGUUAUGUAGAGGCAAGAAUAUCGUUGCUAAGGAAUUUUACUCUGCGUCGAUGCAGCUAUGCGGGGUUAGAGGGGGUGGCAAUGCUGCGGCUCAGGCACUGUUUUGGCAAGCAAAUUCUAGUCUUUCGUUUGUUUUAGCAUUUGAAUCGGAGAGGGAAAGAAAUGCAGCGGUUAUGCUGGCUAGAAGGUUUGCAUUCGACUGUAAUAUAAUGCUUGUCGGGCCAGACGAUAGAACUCCGUCCAAAGACUAACUAACAGAUUGAUGAUUUUUGCCAUAAUUUUUUAUGUAAUGUUUGUAAACAUUAUAAUGAUAUUAUUAUUGUAGAAAGGCAUAAGUUUUUAUUUGCCUUUUUCUGAGUGUAAAAAGUUUCAGAAUUAGGUCAUGUAGAGUUUGGUUUUGAAGUUGUAUGUGAGUGCUAUUUGUAUUUAUUGUAAAUGUUUGAGCCUGCCUACCUUAUGUAAAUUUUCUUCCUUUUGUGUUA